UCUCGAUCUAGGAGGUACUAUAUGGGGUAUCGUGUUUUCUCUUCUUUUCUGAAGCACGCGAUUUCUUACAGUGCUUUAGUCGUUCUCUCCCACGUUUAACUUUGCUGGGGUUGUGCAUUCUGCCAGUCCUUAUCGAUACUUCACUGUUUAUUGUAGUGACAUUCUGUCCCCACUUGCAUUAUUGUAUGAAAGUACCGAGUAUACUCUUGCGAUAAGAAGUUGGACGUAUCCGAUGACGCACAGCCGAGACGAGGGUACCUCGGACUCGAUGUCUCGGAGAAGGCCCAACUUCUCAACACGAACUGCUCAAGAGGAUGUCUCUAGAUUGGCUCCAAGCGAGUCCCCAACUGCAUCAUCUCCCGAGGAGAACAGCAGAUUUCUCAAUUGGAGAAAUGCGCUUUCACUUCGCCCGUACGAGCCAUUGAACUCCUCUUUCCAUACAACAGAGCGUCAGCGCCACUCGUUGCCCUCGAAUUUCUUUGGUAGUAUAUCCCGCUGGUGGGACAAACCCGAUAAUGAUGGUCCGCAAGGUACCUCGAACAGAUCACACCUACCCGUGGACCUUCCUACAGGGCCUCUCCGAGACUCUAGCAUGGACCAAAAGGAACGAGAUGGCCAAAAGAAUCGGGUUUCUGAUAGUGCUGCAAAGCUCGGAACUUUCUCGGGAGUCUUUGUACCGACCACCUUGAACGUCCUGAGCAUUCUGAUGUUCCUUCGCUUCGGAUUUAUCCUUGGGCAGGCCGGUCUGCUAGGGAUGUUAGGCUUGCUCGCUGUUUCAUACACCAUUAAUUUGGUGACCACUAUGUCUCUUUCUGCCAUUGCAACCAACGGAACUGUUAAAGGAGGGGGCGCCUACUAUCUAAUCUCUCGAUCGCUGGGCCCAGAGUUUGGCGGUUCCAUUGGUAUAGUGUUCUACUUGGGUUAUGUUUUGAAUACCGGUAUGAACGCUGUUGGUCUUGUUGACUGUUUCACGCAAAAUUUCGGAACAAGAUCUGGCACUUUAUACAAUUUCCUUGAAGAAGGCUUCUGGUGGCAGUAUCUCUGGGGUACUAUCAUUUUGCUUAUUUGCACUGGGAUCUGCCUAGCUGGGAGUUCCAUUUUUUCUAGAGCAAGCAACGGCCUGCUCGUCAUUCUGUUGGUUGCUACCUUUAGCAUACCGGCAUCCGCGAUCUUUAUGAAGCCCUUUAGUAUUCCCAAGCUCCAUGUGACAUUCACUGGCGUGCGCCUUCAGACACUGCUGGAGAAUCUUAAACCCAGGCUCACCAAGGGUGCUGCUGGCAGCCAGAUCCACGGAAAGGAAAACUUCCAGGACCUCUUUGGAAUAUUGUUUCCUGCUACUGGCGGUAUAUUCGCUGGGGCCAGCAUGUCGGGAGAUCUGAAGAACCCUAGUCAUUCGAUCCCAAGGGGUACACUUUCGGGGCUAGCUUUGACAUUUGUCACCUAUACUCUUGUAAUAGUUGCGAUGGCUGCCUCUAUAACAAGGGAGUCACUAUACAAGAAUAGCGAUAUCAUCCAAAUGACAAAUGCAUCGGGAAUUGUCAUUCUCCUAGGAGAGUUCGCGACAACUUUCUUCUCAGCAUUGAUGGGCGUAAUCGGUUCUGCGAAGCUUUUACAGGCAAUUGCACGAGACAAUUUGCUCCCUGGCCUGACAAUGUUCAGCAAGGGCACCAAGAAAAACGACGAACCGGUCCACGCAAUCAUUGUAACCUUUGUUGUUGCCCAAUUGACAAUGCUCUUUGACAUUAACCAAAUAGCAUCCUUUGUCACAAUGACAUAUCUCAUGACAUUCUUGGUGAUGAACCUCGCUUGUUUUCUUCUCAAGAUUGGAUCUGCUCCUAAUUUUCGGCCUUCUUUUCACUACUUUAAUUGGCAGACAGCUGCAGCAGGGGCUUUAGUUUGUGGAGCUACCAUGUUCUUUGUGGAUGGUGUCUAUGCCACAGGCUGCGUCGGUAUCUUAAUCCUACUAUUUUUGCUGAUUCAUUAUACUUCCCCUCCCAAGCCGUGGGGCGAUGUGAGUCAAAGCCUUAUAUAUCAUCAAGUGCGCAAAUAUCUACUUCGCCUUCGACAAGAACAUGUUAAAUUCUGGAGGCCCCAGAUUCUGCUGUUUGUGACCAAUCUUGAUGAACAAUACAAGAUGGUCUCCUUUUGCAACUCAUUGAAAAAAGGCGCCUUGUUCGUUCUGGGCCACGUUAUUGUGACUGAUGAUUUCUCUUCCGCGGUGCCCGAAGCUCGCCGCCAGCAAACAACCUGGACGAAGUUCGUGGAGAAUUCAAAAGUGAAAGCUUUUGUCAAUAUUGCAAUUUCUCCCUCUGCAGAAUGGGGUAUCCGUAACAUCGUGUUAAAUUCUGGUCUUGGGGGAAUGCGGCCAAACAUAGUUGUCAUUGACCAGUUUCGCAAUGGUCAGUCGUUGGUUGAGACAUUACAACCCAGAAAAGACUCGAAUGAUAGACGUGGCAUAUCUCCUGAGUCUGCAGUGGAUGAUGUUUCUCGGCCACAAAUGAGCUGCGCCAACUACGUGACGAUAUUGGAGGAUCUUCUCUUCAAACUCCGCAUCAAUGUUGCUGUGGCAAAAGGGUUCGAAAACCUUGAGCUGCCUACGUCUGGACAGCACCAGAAGAAAUACAUCGAUCUCUGGCCUAUUCAAAUGUCUGCAGAACUUGGGGCUGACAGCGAAAGCAAGAAGAAUGUUCUUACCACUAAUUUUGAUACAUAUACCCUUAUCCUCCAGUUGGGAUGUAUCCUGAACACCGUACCUUCCUGGAAGAAGACGUACAAACUACGGGUAGCCGUGUUCGUUGAGUACGAAACGGACGUUGAUGAUGAACGAGGACGGGUUCACGCGCUCCUUGAAAAGCUGAGAAUCGAGGCGGAAGUUUUGGUUUUCUGGCUCGCAUGUGGUGAGGUAAAAAGUUAUCGCGUUAUUGUGAAUGGUGACAGGUCGCCGGAGGUUAGAGAUAUGCAGGAAAAGGUGCAAACUACGUUGAAAGAGGAAGGCUGGUGGCAGGACAUUGAGAAAUUUCGCAGAGUAUCCCCCAACCAACCCAAGCCGGACGACUCUGGGGGCGAGCUGAGUAGGGUUUCCAGUUGGCAUGGUGCUUCUAGUCAUGACACUGUACAAAAGGCUCCGGCCCAAUUGGCUGGUGGGUUAAAGAAGUUCAUUGAAUCAACCAGGCGUCGGCGUUCUAUUUCCAGCUUCAAAGGGAUUGGUGGUGUGAAUCUGGGCAUGCAAACGCAUCGCUUACUAGAUAGCUUCGUUGACUACGACUCAAGUGACAGUUCUUCAAGCGACAGUGAGUUGGAGCCCUAUAUCGACGAUAGAGAGGAUGGUACGAACAACAAGGGCCCUGCAUCCCCAGAUACUGCAAACCACGGCGUUCCAUCCAUAGUUGCCCCUGAUACCUCUCCUAAGAGCCAAGCAAGUGGAGCCCGACCACCUAUCAGUCGUUCGGCGUCCAGCAAUCGAUUCAGUUCGUCGCCGAUUCCCGAAGCUAAAGUCAACACCGAUGAAGGUACGGGACCCUCGAUCAUGUUCGCACCAAGCUCGCCCCCUCCUCGGGUUUCAAACAGGCGUGAGUCCAUUUAUACGCGUCGGUCAUCAUCGGUGGGGUCUGGCACUGCGUCCGGGUACCCCCGGCGGGCGUCUGUGCCUUUGUCCUUUAAUGAUCUUCCUAGCCGAGCGCAACACCUGAUAUUGAAUGAGUUGAUGGCAGAGCAUAGCAGUGAAACUGCCGUCAUCUUUACAACGCUGCCGUCCCCCAUGGAAGGCACUGCACAAGGUGAGGCAGCGAGUGAAUCUUAUCUGAGUGAUUUGGAAGUCUUAUGGCAAGGGUUGCCCCCAUGUCUGCUGGUACAUAGCAACAGCAUGACGGUGACAAUGAACCUGUAACGAUGCCAUGAUCGCAAGGGAUCUUAC